UCCCAGGAUGGUUUCUCCUAGUACCGCUCAAGCAACUUGAGUAGACGUUUUUUAAGCAGUGUACAACCGUCUUGGCUCCAUCAACAACCUAUUCACUCAGUGACAGAUACUUAAAAUCUUCCGAGAACAAAUAAGCAAUAACAUACCACAAGCUAAGGAUGGAGAAGAACAACUAAUUGCGUAGCCUACAUGUUAAAUUGACCAAAUCGAUGGGGACGGUAGCCUAUUGCGUCGUAUGAAUAAUGCUCUUUGUGAAGUUCCCACAUCCCGUACCAGAUCAGUAAAAUCCAUCGCAUUCCGAAGGAGUUGAAAACGCUCCAGAUCGCCUACUCUGCUAAAACUGCUGAAGUAGCCAUUAACUUGGAGAUUUCUUAUCCAGGUUCAAAGUGAGGGGAUUUAGCUUACUUUUUUUGCUUGAACAAAGGUAGGACCUUGACAGAACACACCAAACGCCGGUUCGUUUGAUAACCCGAUUCAUAUUCGCAAGCUAUUUCCUUACGAAAUAUUUGAAGGUUACAUUUCUAAAACUACUUCGUUUCUCUGGUGAUUUAGAAGCAGUGGUUGGCGUCUUAAAGACCAAAAUAGCCUAAAGAUGUCAUGCAAAAUCGCCCAUUUCUAGCAAGUGUAAAUAAUUCAGUAAAUAGGCUAACCUUAGGCUAUAUCUAUGUAGCCUAGGUUAGUAUUUCUCGUAAGUGAAAUCGUCUUUUUAUUUUUGAAAUGAGUUUGAAUUGAUAUGUAGGCUAGUAUCGUUUGUUAAAAAUAUUACGGAGGAAUGGAAUGUAGCCUAUAGGCUACUUCUGCAAAUAGACCAGCGCUAGGCAUUUUGUGUGUAGUUUGGAACAAUGGCAUUGAAUGAAAACUGCAGGACAUACCCGCCGCCCAAAGAAGGUCAGAAUAAUUUCCCCGACGUUGUUGAACUCAAUGUUGGGGGGCAGCUAUAUUCCACUCGCCGUGCCACUCUAAUUACCAUUUCCAAUUCACUGCUAGGAAGAAUAUUCUCUCCUAAGACAGAUCUUACCAGUGCCCUGCCGCGGGAUCCUAAAGGGCGCUACUUUAUCGACAGAGAUGGGUUUUUAUUUCGGUAUGUUUUGGACUACCUCAGAGACAAGCAGGUCGUCCUACCUGACCACUUUCCAGAAAGGGAGAGACUAAAGAGGGAGGCAGAAUACUUCCAGCUGCCGGAGUUUGUGAGAAUUUUGACCCCUGACGACUUGAAACAAAGUCCGGAUGACAAUUCCCAUAGUGAUUUCGAAGACGCUUCACAUGGGAGGAUAUGCCCUUCGUCGUCUUUUGUUUCAGAUGACAGAAAGUAUGGGUUCAUUACGGUCGGUUAUAGAGGUUCGUCGUGUACCACGGGCAGAGAAUUCCAGGCCGAAGCAAAGUUUAGACGGGUAUCCAGAAUUUUGAUUUGCGGGAGGAUUUCAUUGGUGACAGAGGUCUUCGAGGGGACCCUGAACGAGAGCCGGGACACUGACAGGCCGUACACCUCUCGGUUUUACCUCAAGUUCAAACAUCUGGAGAGAGCUUUUGACAUGCUAGCUGAAUGUGGAUUCCAUAUGGUUGCAUGUAAUUCGGCGGUGACAGCAUCAUUGGUCAGUCAUUGCACUGAUGGCAAUAUCUUGUCAAGUUACACAGAAUACGUCUUCUUUCGUGGGCCAUCACAGAGCUCAUCAACCCUUCACUGCUGCUGCAAGAGCCACGGGGGUGACCUACAGGAGGAGAGUGGCACCUCUUUCAACGAGCUCUCUACCUCUAGCUCAGAGAGCCAAUCAGAGUCCAGCUCGCCCCACAGUACAGGGCUAAGCAGCCCAGUGAAACGACGCGCCAACUUACAGACACUGGACCGUCCGCCGAAGAAGGGGACUGUUCAGAUGCUGCAGCAGUCAGAGCUCCACAGGCUCCGCACAUUGACCGGAAGCUCAGGUGACACUAGCGCCUACAGGAAGAAGCUGGCCCCAGAAAGGAUGAGCAUUGAGGAGGAGCUAGAGAAAUGCAUCCGGGACUUCCGCAGGAUCAAAAUCCCUGAUCAGUUCCCUGAAAGAAAGUACGUGUGGCAAUCAGAACUCCUCAGAAAGUAUCACCUCUGAUAAGACCAAUCGUCAGGCACAUGAACAGCAAGCAGAAACGUGUGCAGAUGUACUGUACUGUAUGUUUUUAUCUCAGACUUCUCUCUCAGGCAUAAGAAUGCUCGAAAAACAAAACUACAUUUUUUAUAUGGCAUAUUGUACCAUGUAAAAGCACAAUCUAUGGCUUCCAGCAUUACUGACUCAGUACAGUUAAUGUCUAGCAUUGAAAAGUUACAAUAUUCAUGUUUGAGUUUACAUGAGUUUCCCAUGAGUUUCUUCUGUACCUUCUAAUGCCUAUAAGCACUAUGGGAUUAUUAAUUUAACUCAGGGGACUAGCUUAUAUUUACCAUUUCUAUUUCCUCUUUCAAUUCUGGUGCAGACAAACAUUAUAGAACUGUCCUUAAAAACAUAUGACACUGCAAACUGCAGGUGACUUUUAUACUCUACCCUGUGGUGAUGCCUGCAACAGUUAGCACUGAUACAGUCAAGAUAAGACAUGAGACCAGUGCAUCCAGUGGUUUUAGCAGUGUAGCUCACCUGGCAGCCCCCUCGACCAUGCAUUCUGUGGAAAUAUAUGGCAAGUUUGUGAAUUGGUAGUCAAAUAUGUAUUCAUUGUUUAUAUAAGAGUGCAGACAUAUUAAAGCACUAAAAAACAUUUUAUACCUAUGUGGAGAGAUCAAGAAAUUUCCAGUUAAUCUCACCAGAGGUGGAAAGUCCAGGGGUCAGAAAGUAAAACUCCUGCGCAUGCGUUCCAUCCACCCAGGAACUCAGCCAGCUGGUUUCAUUAAUUAGUUCUGGCUGCUGGCUGAAGAAUUGUGCUAAUUAGCAAAUUUGGGGACUGGAACAAAAUACUGGGGAGGACUUUUACUUUCUGAACCCAAAUUUUCCACCUCUGAAUCUCACAAAUUUUAUGAAUCAAGAUAUUUAUUUAUUUGCCUCUAUAGGAUAUUUUAUUUCUGUUUUUCAAAAGAGUACAAUCCUGGACACUGAGAAUAAUUACAAGCAAAAAUGACAUGUAUUCAUUAAAAUCACAAUGAAAGUAAAUCUUUCCUUGCUGGCAGACAUUACCAGUGAGAUCUAUGGCCUCAAGCAUGUGAAAGUCUCUCCAGUCCUGGGGGAUGUGUGCCAGAAAUCCUAUACUGUACUGUACCCUAAAGUCUUACAGUAAAUGCAAAGGGGUAUUUCCCAACACAACACAGGUUCAGUAUUAAAAAACUAUAUAAUGAUGCAGAAAAUAAUAAUAAUUAUAAUAAUAAUGUAAUAAAUGCACAUAUUCAAUAAAAUUGUCUGUUCAGGUAUUCAGUCUAAUAUUUGGUACGAAGUAGACACAAUGGCCGUUUAUUGUCCAAUAUACAUAUACUAUAUGCAGACCUGCCAACCUGCACGCAUUUUGUGUACCAACCACGCAAUUCUUGGUCAAAAUACGCAGGUACGAAAUGCCAGCUGAAACUAC